UUUAGCGAACCAGUUGCAAAUUUGGUGCCGCCGAGGACGGAACUCAUCUCAGAAACUUCUCAAGUGAAACCCACCAUUCAUCGCCCCUGCAUCUCGCGAAUUUCUCGUUAGCCCUUCUCGACGUGUGUGUUUGAAAUAAAAUAUAAUAUAAGCCAUCAUGAGCAAGCAAUUGGCGCGCCAUGUGAGUCAGCUGAACAACCUUUUGAAGACGGCGACUACUGCUUCCACGGUUUCCGCUCAGAACAACUACUUCACUUAUGUCCGGGAGUUGUCGCAUCCCAUCGCUCGGGAGCCUCCAAUCGUAAAGGCGGAAGAGGCCGUGGCAUGCGUUAAAUCGGGUGACACGGUCUUCGCCGGCGGAGCAGCAUCCACGCCCGUGGCUCUGCUGAAUGCGAUGGCAAAGCACGGAAAGAACAACAAGUUGGAGUGCGUCACUGUGUGCCACAUGCACACAGAGGGUCCUGGAGAGUACGCCAAGCCGGAGUACAAGGACAUCUUCCGCUCCAACUCCUUCUUCAUGGGCGCCAAUGUGCGCAAGGCUGUGGCCGAGGGACGUGGUGAUAAUGUGCCGAUCUUCCUUCAUGAGAUCCCGCAAUUGUUCUACAAGAAGAUCGUACAGCCUGAUGUGUCUUUCAUCCAUGUCUCGCCACCGGAUAACCAUGGCUACUGCUCCCUGGGUACUAGCGUCGAUUGUGUGCGAGCUGCCUUGCUCCACUCGAAGCUUAUUGUUGCCCAAAUCAACCCCAAGAUGCCCCGCACCUUCGGCGAUGCCAUUAUUCACAAGUCGCAUUUUGACUACGCCAUCGAGGUCACCGACGAUCUGCCACAGCACGGAACUGGUGAGAUUUCUCCCGUGGAGAAGAAGAUCGGCAAACUUAUUGCCGAGAACCUGGUGAAGGAUGGCGCCACCCUGCAGAUGGGUAUUGGCAGCAUUCCAGACGCCGUUCUCGCCGCCCUGCACAACCACAAGGAUUUGGGCAUCCACUCCGAGAUGUUCGCUAACGGUGUCGUGGAACUGGUGCGCAAGGGAUGUGUAACUAACAGCAAAAAGAAGAUGCACCAGGGCAGGAUCGUAGGCUCUUUCCUCAUCGGUGACAAGGCUCUUUAUGACUUUGUCGACAACAACCCCUUCAUUGAGAUGUACGCCAUCGAUUAUGUGAACAACACUAGCAUUGUGAAGCAGCAGCCCCGCAUGACGGCCAUUAACAGUUGCAUUGAAGUUGAUCUGACUGGACAGGUUUGCUCCGAUUCGAUUGGCACCCGUUUCUACUCUGGAUUCGGCGGUCAGGUCGACUUUAUUCGCGGAGCUGCAGAAGGUCUUGAUGGUCUGGGUGUGCCAAUCAUUGCCAUGCCAUCGACCACCAACAAGGGAGAAAGCAAAAUUGUGCCUGCACUGAAGGAGGGCGCUGGCGUCGUCACUUCUCGUGCCCACGUUCACUACGUUGUUACGGAACAUGGAAUUGCCUCGUUGUUUGGCAAGAACGUGCGCCAGAGGAUGUAUGAACUCAUCCAGAUCGCCGAUCCCAAGCACCGUGAAACCCUGGAGAAACAGGCCUUUGAGCGCAUCAAGGUCAUGCCAUCGCCGAACUAAGCACUGAACUAGAGGAAACCACUUCCGAGCAGCAACCCGCAAUCUUUGAAGGCAUUCCCGAAACCGCUUUGAUACACUUCAUAGAACUGCAAUCAUGAUAGCCCUUAUAGCAUUACCAAAUGUGAAAUUUCAAUUGAUGAGUAACGAAUUAGUGGGAGAAAUAAAACUGGAAAAUAAUUGAAA